AAUUUUGACUUUUUAUGGAGGAGGAGGUGAUGAAAUUGUUAGAGGAAGCUCAUCGGAAGAAGGUAAUCAAUGGAGGAGGAGGUGAUGAAUUUGACUUUUUAUGGAGGAGGAGGUGAUGAAAUUGUUAGAGGAAGCUCAUCGGAAGAAGGUAAUCAAUGGAGGAGGAGGUGAUGAAAUUGUUAGAGGAAGCGAAGCCGAAGCUCGAGAAGGAAUACUGCGUUCGAAUUUCGGACGGCGCUUUUGAUCUAGCCGUUCGUGGAUACCUCGAUCCCAAACUGAUGAUCUCUGAGGACACAAACCAUGAAUAUAAAAGAGCUGUUGAAAUCUUAGCUGGAGCAUGCAAUUUGGUGCAGAGAAAUUUCAGGAAUGGUGCCCACGAGAGGGUGUUUUACGACAAGGCAUAUGAACUGCGUCGAGCCCUUGUCGAACUAACUGAAUUGCAUUGGGACAGUAGUAACCCGGCCAGCCGAUCGUGGGCGUCUCGAUUGACGUCCGAACGUGCUUCUGCCUCGCUCUACAUGAGUGGCUUUUUACGCAAAUGCGACAAAACUGUAAAUUCGCCUCUAAGUUGUUGUCGGAUUACCUCAAAAAUUGCUGAAAUACUCGAAAAGUUCGAUAUUUACGAUACAAGCAGCUCGGAGGGGGAUGUUGGUCGGUACCUGGACGAUCUACAAGGCCAGCUGAUUGAACUUUUCCAGCAUCUCUUGACUGUAGAGGCGUCUCACGUUGCUGAGGUGGUGAGCAGCCUGACUGAUGUCCCGCUUACUCAGAUUCUUCCAUCUGUCGACAAUCAUAAGCAGAAGGCCGUAUAUAUGACGAAUCUGAGAGUGGUGGAUCAAAAGCACGUGAUCGAUGAAGUUUUUGAAACUGUUGCCUUCCAACGGAAUAUGACUACCCGCCCUAGAGGUUUAUUUCUUCUUUUGGGUGAUUCUGGUGUUGGUAAAUCGGAGAUAGCUAAAGCUGUUGCAGAGCAUUGGUAUUGUGACGCAAGCAGGCUUGUGGAGAUUGACAUGUCAGAGUAUGCAGAGUGUGAUUUGUCGGAAUGGUCGCAGAGAAAAGAUCAGGAUUUGUGGAAUCGUCUUACUGAGAUUGUGGCAAAACGUCCUUAUUCGGUAAUUCUUCUGGACAAAAUUGACAAGGGUUCGUCCAUUGUCACAAGGAUUCUCCACGAGGUUUUGUCUGAAACACCAAGUGAUACAGAAGGGAAACCUGUUGACUUCUCCAAGUCUAUCAUUUUCAUGACCUCAAGUGUGGGGUCCAAACAACUUACUUUGAAAUGUACAUGCUAUAAUCGGAAUCAAGAUCUUUGGAAACAAUUUAAGCGUGAUCCCUUGAAAUUCUGUAAGACCCACGAUUGUACUGUAAAGGGCAGUGGUCGCGAAAGACUUCUCAUCGAGGUGCGAAAAAUCUUCAGUGCUGAUCUGUUAGAUUCAUUUGAUAAAACUCUCGUGGUGGAGAAAUUCCGCGAUUGGAAGACUGUUGUGAGGCUGUUGCUUAGGGAAAUUGUUAGCGAAGUUACUGGACAAAGAUUCGUUGUGCAUGCCUCCGAUGCUGCGUUAAAUGUGUUACUUAACAAGGCAUUGGCACCUCCUAUUGCACAUGGAAAUGCUUUAAAAAAAUCAUUGCUUGAGCACGUCAUUCCAUGGCUAUCAUCCGCAGAAAGUUGUAACAACAGCGCUCUAUUUGUUGAUACACUUCUCGGAACAAAUGAACUUUCUUUUAGAUUUCAAUCACAUGAGCAGUACGAUUGGUAUUUCAAGUUGAAGGAGGGAACAUUUAAGAAUUCGAUACUCAAUUUAAAAGUGAAGAUGGAAGUAGUGUGCAUGGUAUUUAUGUUAAGAAGUGAAUACUUACAUUUCUUGGAUCGUUCCGGUCAAGGUUUACCUCUGAACGUGUUAUUAAUGGAACUAGUUAGUUGCUAUCGGAUCUUAUCAUGUCCGCCAUUUCCUAAUUCACGAGAAGAAUAUGUCUCUGCCGAGGUAGUUUUAUUUUAUUGCUUAUAUUCAGUACUCUAUUUUCUUGUUGACCGUCGAGAGUUUUCUUAUGUUUGUGUUAUAUAUGUGCAGAAAAUAUCACCCAACGCGGGACCUAAUAAUCUUUAUGCAGUUGAAGAAGUAGAGAAGAUUAAGAAUAUGCUGGCAAGACUUCAAGAAAACGAUGGUGGCAUUGCUAAAGCAACUACUGUUAUAGUAAAGUCUGUAAUAAAGAUCAUCGACUAUCCAUUGGAAUUCCCUGAUUUUCCAGCAAGACGUUUCCUCUUUGAAGGCCUGAAUAGUGAUGCUAAAGCGAGACUGAUGAGUUACCUUAGUGAGACAUUAGGGAACUCGUUCUUCAAAUAUAUCAAACUGGACAGUAACUGCAACACUGAGGAAAUAAAGAAUUUUUUUAUCGAGGCAUUGAAAGAGAGCCCAUGCAUGGUCCUUCUUUUUGACGGAGUUGAAUUUGCUGAUGCUGAGCUUUAUAGACACCUUUUGGAGAUUCUUGAUAAGGGCAUUCUAGAAGACAGUGAGGGUUUCAGUGUUGACUUCCGGAGAACCGUUAUUAUCCUUACAUCAGAGGUGGCUGAUAAACAUCGACUUGCCAAUUGGUUUGGGUAUCAACCAAUGUAUAUGCUGCACAUGGACAAAAGUCAGAAGGUGAAAAGAUACAGGACGGAGUUGCUUCACCGGGCUGAUGAGAUAAUCUUCUUUGAUCCAGUCGCACCUGUGCAUGGAAAAAUUCGUCGGAUCCCUAAAAGUUAUUUACGUUCUUUGAAAAGAAAAGAUAAUUCUCGGUUGUUUAGAUGUUUAUAUUCGGCGGUGUGGCCUCAUGGUGACGUUAUGCUAAAUCGCGAAAGGAACUUUGUAGAGAUGUGAAGUAUCAUCAUUCCACGAAGUUCGAUUUCGGAGGGAUAUUAUUAACCCCUUUCGAAUCUUGAAAUUGGUAUUUGUGUGUUAUUGCAACGUGAUCGAGAUACCAAGCUUCCUGGGGCCUCUGUCUAUAAAAUUUCUGGAUUAAUUAAUUAAUUAAUACUAUAGAUAUUAUGUUUAUUUUUAAUUUUUUUUUUUGUCA